AUGUUUGGAACAAAAGCGUCACUACGGGACGAUCUCACGAUCAUAUAUAAUCAGUUCAAGGACCAUAUUGACAUCGUAAUCCGUACAAUCAAUAUAGAGGAGCUGAAGAGACAGAAGGAGAAGGGAGAAGAAGACGAAAAGAGACGCCGGAUCGAGGAGGAAGAAGAUGAAAAAAAACGGAAGCUGAAGGACGAAGAAGAGAAAGUAAAGGCUAUGGGUAAUUACAUCGAGCAUAUGGUUCAGCAAGAAUCCCUACUAAACAAAAUAGAACAAGCAAAGGUCAGAAGCAUAGAGGUACGUGGUGAGCUGUUAUCUUGGCUAUCACCUUUCGACUUCGAACAAGAUCACGACCGGAUAAGAAAGAAGCAAUUCCGAACCACGGGCGAGUGGCUGUUGAAGUCGCCAGACUUUCUGGCAUGGAUCUCCUCUAUCAUGUCUUGUCUGCCAUGGUGCCAUGGAACUCCGGGCGUUGGGAAGUCUGUUUUAACAUCUAUCGUCCUAGAGCAUAUUCGUGAUACUAUACCCGUCACAGAUUCAUCCCACAUCUGCUUCGUCUACUUCAACUACAAGGUAUUGGAAGUUCAGCGUCCAGCUGAUCUUCUUUGCAUCUUACUAAAACAGCUCUGCCGUCAGUUGACUAUUCUCCCUGAUGACAUGAUCGAUCUCUACGAAAAGUGUGAUGCAAAUAAAGAGAGACCAAGGCUACAGUCCCUUGAGGCAGUCCUAGAAGGGAUAGUCUCUAGGUCUCAACAGACAUUCUUGGUGAUUGACGCCAUGGACGAAUGCGUCAAGGAGCACAGAGAAUACCUCCUCCCAUAUCUUGUAAAGCUUCUACAGGCACCAUCAUCCCGACUUAAGGUCUUUGUUACGAGUAGGGUUGAGAGAGAUAUCAGAAUCACGUUCUCUAAGGGAUUCGGCAAAUUGAAGGUAGAAGCUAAAAAGGUCCAAGAUGAUUUCACCGUAUAUGUCGAUAACUUCAUCGAAAGCCGCUCUGAGGAGGACAACCUCUGUUAG